CAAAUGCCCUUACUUCCCUACCUCACUCUUUAUCUUUUACUUCUUUGCAUAAUUUCUCUCUCUACAGACAUGGCGCGUCUCUUCUCCACUGUCUUCCUCGUGAUUCUGCUGCUUCUAGCCACUGGUAUGGGGCCAGAGGUGGCGGAGGCGAGGACCUGCGAGUCGCAGAGCCAUAAGUUCAAAGGGACAUGCGUGAGCCGUUCCAACUGCGCUAACGUUUGCAAAAAUGAAGGGUUUCCUGGAGGUCACUGCCGGGGUUUUCGCCGUCGCUGCUUUUGCACUAGGCACUGCUAGGUCUGUACGUGUUAUGAUGUUGAAGGUGUGGGAGUUAUGAGAGUGCAUGAAGUGAAUAAUAAGAUGAUGUUUGUCCGAUGUUUAUGUUUUUGUGUAUUUGUUAAUGUCUGUUUAUGUUCUCCCUAAUGGAAUCUUAGUACUACUCUCUUGUCUUCAA